GGUGAGAAGAGUUAUGGAGUCACAGGCAAAGCUAGGGACCUCCCUCAUGGUGCCUUCAGUGAAGGAGAUAGCCAAGGAACAACUCGUAGCAAUCCCUCCAAGAUAUAUACGCCAUGAUCACGACUCUUCUCCAGUAGCCCACACCAGUUCUUCACCCCAAGUUCCAGUCAUUGACAUGGCCAACUUAUCAGCUUCUCAAGAAUUGAUGGCCUUGGAGCUCCACAAGUUCCAUUAUGCCUGCAAAGACUGGGGCUUCUUCCAGGUGGUGAAUCAUGGAGUGAGCUGUGCACUGUUGGAGAAAGUGAAGUUGCAUACUGAGAAAUUCUUCGAUCUCCCAAUGGAAGAGAAGAUGAAAUUUUGGCAAAAAGCAGGAGAAUUGGAAGGAUUUGGACAGCACUUUGUUGCGUCUGAAGAGCAGAAGCUUGAAUGGGCUGAUCUCUUCUACGUAGUUACCCUUCCCACCCAUUUGCGAAAACCACACUUGUUCUCCAAUUUCCCUCCCUCGUUCAGGGUUGCCCUUGAAGCAUACUCAGAAGAAGUCCAAAGGAUUGCCAACAAAAUAUUUGAGCUGGUAGCAAAAACUCUGGGAAUGAAACCUGAUGAAAUGAAAGAUUUAGCUGAAGAAGGGUGGCAAGCGAUGAGAAUGAACUACUAUCCACCAUGUCCAGAACCAGACCUUGUGAUCGGCCUGAAGCCCCAUUCUGAUGCAACUGGCCUUACCAUCCUCCACCAGCUCAACGACGUGGAAGGCCUUCAGAUUAAGAAAGAUGGGAUGUGGAUUCCUGUGAAGCCAAUUCCCAACGCUUUUAUCAUCAACAUUGGAGACAUGUUAGAGAUUGUGACUAAUGGAACUUAUCGUAGCAUUGAGCAUAGAGCAACAAUUAGCUCCAGCAAAGAGAGGCUCUCUAUCGCCACAUUCCACAACCCAAAACUUGAUGGCGAGUUGGGUGUUGCAGGCAGCCUUGUUACUCCUGAAACUCCACCGGUGUUUAAAAGAAUGUGUGUUUCAGACUAUUUUAAGGGAUAUUUUUCUCGUGAACUCCAUGGAAAAUCAUUCAUCGAGGUCUUGAGAAUCCCUAAUCAUCAAGCUCAACCCAACUAAAUCAAGCAUAAUAUAUAACAGAAUAAAGAGGGAUUAAUACAUUUAGUACUUUCUAAGCAUAUUUUCCCGGAGAAAUUUUAACCUACAACGUAUAUGUAUAACAGUUAAAUAUUAAUUAUUGAUUAUGAUAAAAUCUGUGUCAAUGGUUAUAAUAAGACUGUUGUGCAUAUAACUGUUGUAUGUAAUUUCCAUAUAUG